UUGACUUUUCUUUUCAAUUCUACUUUUUCAAUCUUCUGGAAAACGUGGAGGCGAUCCAGAUUCUUCCUAAAGGAGCCUCUCCACCCAGUUCAUACAUCACAUUCAAAUUUUAAUCCGAUCUUACAUCCAUCUUCUUGAAUUUUCGCUCGAUUUGCCCCAUUUUGUUGUUCAUACUUCUUUCCCAUUUCUUCUUCUAACCUUGCUCCGAUCUAAAAUGGCGGCGACGGCGUCUCAGUUUUCGUGCUUGUCCGCCAUCAACCGUGGCUUUCGCCUGCAACACCGCCGCUCAUUCUUAGCCCCUCGCUCUUCUCUUUUCUUCCCUAAGUAUUCGAUUGUUAUGAACCUGGAAGGAUCUGCUUCAAAUACUACUGAUUCCCAGACUGAGACAACCUUAAGCUACGCCACUGAUGCAUCAGAAUCUCAAGUUGUCACAAAUUCAUAUCCGGGUGUUGAAGAGUCAUCUGAUGUUGGAAAUUUAGAGAAUGAGAAGCUUCAGGAACCUGAUGAUGUUGGCACUGUGCCGAAACGCACAGCAAAAAUUCAUGAUUUCUGUUUUGGCAUUCCUUUCGGUGGAAUUGUUCUAAGUGGUGGCCUUAUUAGCUUUAUUUUCUCGAGAAACCCGUCUGCAUUGAGCAGUUUGAUCUCUGGAGGUGCUUUGCUGGCCUUGAGCACCUUAAGUUUGAAAAUCUGGAGGCAGGGAAAGUCCAGUUUGCCAUUCAUUCUAGGACAAGCAGUAUUUACGGCCUCAUUUUUCUGGAAUAGUUUUCAGACGUACUCAUUGACCAAAAAUGUGUUUCCAGCCGCCUUCUAUGCUGCCCUCAGUGCUGCAAUGCUCUGCUUCUACUUAUAUGUGGUAAUUUCUGGGGGAAAUCCGCCACCGAAAAAAUUGAAGCCUUCUCCAUCUGCUGCUUAAUGAAUGUAAGAAUUCAAAUCCUACAGAGUUUGAUUACACUUAGAAACAGACUUUACUUUAUGAUGUAGCCUGCCGAGUUAGGUUGGGGGGGCGGGGGGGUUGUGUGGGAAGGUCUUAAGCUUAGGAGGUGGGAAAAAUGUACUUUGAGUAAUUAUCUGUGAAGGAGCUUGGUGUAGAAUCCAUGAAGAGUAUGUUACUUGAAGGCAAUGGGUGCUUGGAUUUUGUUUUUGAACGCAAUGGCUUUGAGCUAUGUAUUUAUGCAAUUUGUAGAAAUAAAUUGUUUGUAAUAUAUUUAAUUUGGUUAUAUAUGCAACAUCUUAGCUAGGUAUGGUUUAUCCCA